UUAUUAAUUUGUACACAAAACACACAAGGAGGUGCUGGUUUUCCCACACUUCUUUUUUUACUUUAACUGAUCAAAAGGAUUCCUUUCGAAAAAUUGUCAAAUGUCGUAGAAAAUUCGAGUACCUGACUACAGCAAUGGAGCCCAAAAGUUCCACAGCCAAAGAUCGUUAGAAUUGUCAAGUGAGAUACCAAUAAUGAAAAAGUUUUGCUGUUGUCUUAGCUUACGAACCGGUGCCCUUUCGAUUGCGUAUUCAGGCAUUACCGUCGAUGUUUUCGAAUCAAUAUGGAAUAUUAUAAGUAAAGAUCAGUUCUGUGGUGACAUUUUAGUUAUCUGGAUUAUUUCUGCCUUUUGGAACAUCCUUUCGGAUAUGGUUCUUUUCAUUGCGAUUUAUAGGGAAAAUCCCCACCUGCUGCCCGUCCACCUGGUGACCUGCCUUGCCGGCCUGAUGCUAGAGAUGGUUAGUCACAUGGUGAUCGCCGCCAUCGGCAUGGCUGACUACUACUUGGUGGGCUUUGCCUUCUUCAAGAUCGGCUACACCACCGCGGACCUGGUGAUCGUGCUGAGCUACUACCACUCGGAGGUUUAGUGGACCGCUCCGAUUACCCAUUAACCCAGGCGACUGGGGCGCAGCGUGUAGCAUUUUGUGGUGGCCGCGAUUAGGCGCGAAAAUUUAUUUGGAAAACGUUGCGCAACCGGGUACGUGCAUAAAUCGUGGCCAAUUGUCACCAGCGGACUGGAGUGGAUUGGCAACCGAACUCCAGCGACCUGCGUUUAAUUAUCGCCCCGCCAGCGCCCGGCGCGCUACAUGCGUGCUAAUUGACCGGCUCAGGCUCAGCUCCAAUCCGAAUCCGCCUCUGAAUCCGACUCCGACUCCGAAUCCCAGUUCCAGUCCAGUCCAAGUGUCCAAAUGAUAACCGCGACGAUGAAAACGCAUGCUGAGCCAAAUGAAAAUUAUGUUGCAAUCGGCGAGCGUGGUGCCCGCUGGCUGGUCACUGAACCACUCGGCUACCAUCCAUCCACGGGCCUUAAUUAAUUUCCUUGAUUAAUUGAAAGUGCGCCUUGCUCGCAGUGUUUUCAUUUUCUUACUGGUUUUCUGCCUUUAUUUUCUGGGCCCUGGUGCACAUUUUUGGCAGUGCAAAGUUGAAGGCAAUAAGAAAAAUCGCCCCGGAUUCGAUUCGGUAGUAUGUGAUGGGCGUCGCCCUGGCCAACCCUUGGCCAUUACUCUUGGCCCGAUGCGCUCCUUUCCUUUUCCCCGGCGCUGGUACUCGAUUAUGGCUGAAAUUAUGGGCCCUCGAAGGGAGGAUAUUCUGUUAUUGCUUCGGGAUGCUCUGUAAAUGUAAGGAAAUAUCAGAGGUACUCCACAUUUCAAAGCCCAACUAUGGCAAAUCAGUAGUUCUCUAUAAAUUUCUUCAUAACGCAACUGAUUAUCCCCCUACGAAAUUCCUAAAAAUAAAUGUCUCUAUAGAAGACCAUUCAGGUCACUGAACAUAAGCAAUUCCCAUACAUCACAGCAAAUCGAAACCAUAAUCUUUGACCUUGUCAACCCACUGAGACCGGCAAGUACAUCAAGAUAAAUUAAGCCUCAAUUGCGGAUUCAGCAUCGGGCCAACUAACAUCCAUCAUGCCACUUUUAUGGCCGCACAAUAGAACCCAGGCCCGAACCCGAACCCGAACCCGAAACCGAAUACCCAGCCAGUCAACUAAGUUGCAACGCUCACCGAAUAUUCACUGAUUUCAUAAAAUAUUACGAUAAAUGUCGCUUUCAACGUUUAUAAGCCAGAAGGAUUUUAAUACUUUAUUGCUUAUAACCGCAAAGCGACAGUAAACGCUCCUGCUUAAAGAAACAAAAUGCAAUCGCAUCGAAGGGAAUCGAAAAUAAGGAAAACAAGAAAAAUGAA